CUUGUCUCCGGCGACUUGCCUGGAGCAGUGGGUUAAUGAAGUUCUAAAGUUGCUGUCAAAAAAAAAAUCCGGGUCGAUUGAUUGCUAGGCGAAAUUACCAAGUUACCCUCGCCAUUUUGACGCCUCCGUCGUGCGGGAGUUAUCCUGAGUUUGCCCUUGACCACCGCCGCCGCCUCCGCCUCCGCCGAUCCCCAUCCAUCCCAGGAGCGAGCGUCGCUCGUCCUUCUGCUUCCGCCGCGUCCGUUACGCACAUCCUCCGCCACCGCCGCCUCCGCCAAUUCCCAUCCAUCGCGCGAGCGAGCGAGCAGGGUUCGCCGUCGCUCGUCCUGCUGCUUCCGCCGCGUCCGUUACUCACAUCCUCUUUCCCGUCUCAAUCUACUCACGCGCUUUUUCUCGAAUUUGCGGUAACCCUAGCUUCUGUUCUAGAACUUUGCCUUAACCUUAAUAAUAGUAACAGUUUUGAUGGUUCCCAAAAAUGUUUGGGGGUUCAACUGAACCCCCAUCUCUCAUGUUAGAUCUGCCACUGAUAUGCUUAAGGCAAAUUCGUGUUUAGAUAUGAGUACAAUGUUAGAAGCUUUGGUGAUGAGGUGUUCUAUUUCUAAGGAUGCAGUGAGGCAAUGCAUGUUAUUACUCUAAUAAAAUAGGAUACUGUUGAAGUGAGAUGCUUUAGUCAUCCUCCUUUCUGUUUUUCCCUUUUUUGCAGUGGGAACAUGGCGGAGAGCCUGGAGACCCUGGAUGUACCAUUAGCACAUAGCGAUAUGAAUGGAAGCUCCACUGUCCAGGGAGAACCUUCAGAUGAAAAUGAGUUGAUUGUAGAUGACUUGGACGCCAUUUGGAAUGAAUUAAAUACCAGUCUUCAUGUUUCAAGAUAUGUUACUGACUCUGUUAUGAAGGGAACUAUAAGUGCUGUAGAGCAAGAAUCAGCUCGCCAGAUUGCAUCUAAGGAUGCAGAGAUAGCAUUCUUGAACGAAAAGCUGCAUCAAUUCAGAAAUAGUGGCCUGAGUUUAUCUGAGGGCCGAGAUAAACUCUAUGAAGAAAUUUAUAACCUUCGCCAACAGCUUGUGACUCUUUCUAAGUCACUCUUGAAUUCUGAGUGGGGGCUUUCAGUAUCACACUAUAACAACUUUGAAGGCGCAGAAGAUGAAAGUAAGCAUAGAGGGAAUGAAAAAUCCUCUAAAGAUGGUAUAACUAAGGAAAAUGGUUCUAAAGGCUCCAAUGAAGAUAUUUUUAUUGAUCCAACAGUUCUGAAGCACAUGGAUAGGGAUGAGUUGGUAGCCCAUUUCAAUAAAAUGAUGAAUCAAAUGAAACGGCAGCAUGAUUCGACUUUGCAAGAGAAGACGGAAGAGAUAUUUAGACUAAAGCGGGAGAACCUAAAAAAAGAAGGACCUAACCCCUGGCAUUUACGCAAUAAUAAAGAAUUUGAGCUCAUGAGGAAGAAAAUUUGGGAAGUUAUUACAAAAUUGGAUGAGGUCCUUGUGGAGAAUAAAAGAACCAUCCGCAUCAAGAGUGAUGUAUUUCCUGGUCAACAAGACAAAAUCAAGGUUGUAGAUUCUCACAACCAUCAGUUGCAAGGUGCUCCAACUGACAAUGAAGAGGAAGAAUGCACUACUCUAAUUAAGGCUUCACAUUUCACACCCAUUGAGACAAAUUACCUGAAUCAGAUUAGGAGGUUAGAAUCUGAUAUUGAAGAUGCCAGCAUUGUAACCAUAGUUAGAGAAGAGACAGAAAAGAUUUUAGUAACAGAGUUUAUUAGUGAAAUAAAAAUGGGAUUGCAUGGUUAUGAGAUGGAGUUUAAUAUGAAUCUGGACUUUUGGUCAAUUAUUCAGAAAGAGGCCAUAGCUGAAGCAGCUUCAAACAUUAAUUCAUUUUUGUUAAAAUACAGCGAGGAAAACAGCUGUGCUGAAGCACAAUCUCUACAUAUGCAAGAGAUGGACAAAUUAAAGCUAAAUGUGGAUACCUUCAAUUUAGUGAUAAGGGAGAAGGAGGAAUAUUUGUCACAGAUUGAAUUCAAAGCAAUAGAGGAUCAUUUGGAUUUUCUACGCCAUGAACUUGAUUCACUAAGAGGCAAAGUUGCAAAGCAAGAUUCCGGCAUUUCUGAUAAGUGCAGGGAUUUUGAUGUCAUUGUUAGCAGGUUGGAGCAAGCUCUGCAGCAUGUUCAUCGUAAUGAGAUUGCUCUGAAGGAGUUAAAUGAUAGAUUUAGGACUGUAUCAGAUUCUCAAAAGGAGGUAGAGAAACAAAAUAAAGUUUUACAUGCCAUCAUUAAAGAAAAGGAGAAGGGAUUUUCAUCAUCCAUUUCUAAAGAAAAGGAGUUUACAGAAUGCAUGAGAUGUGUUGUUGAAUCUAUGAGAGGUUUUGAAAAGCUUGUUACAGACCAACAAACUAUCAUUGCACACAAAGUUCAGCACAAUGAAUCAAGGUUUAGUCUAUUGAAAGAACAAUGUAAAAUCCUUGCAAAAGAAGGCAAUACUUUAAGAAAGAAGGCAUUGAGAUACAAGGAAAUAUCUGAAACAAGAGCCUCCAAUCUUCAGAAAGCUGAGCUCGAGGUAGAUUUACUUGGUGAUGAGGUUGAGGCAUUAACAGAUCUUCUUGCAAAAAUUUAUAUUGCACUCGAUCACUAUUCUCCUGUCUUGCAGUACUACACUGGUGUUAUGGAGAUCUUGAACAUGAUCAAGAAACAUUUAAACAUGUCGAAAUAAACUUAUCCUUCAUACUUAUAUCUGCUACUACAGUGUUAGCAAAGGCUUGACAGCUUGACGGUUUGACUCUGCAUUUAUAGUAGUAUGAGGUGACUUUUGUAGAUCAUGCCCUUCUUUUGAUGUCAAAUCAAGGGUUAGGUGAUGCAAAGUAGUUUGCUCCCCAUUUUAGAUAGUAGAUUUGGUAGCCUUUGGCAGCUUGUAAAUGAGCCAACAUUAGUUAGUCCUUGUAUUGCGCUAUUGAUCCUAUGGGUCUGGAAAAGAUGAAUUCUGAAAUACUUUUCCACUUGAUGGACUAGGAAGAAUGUUGGUGGAGUUUUUGAACCACAUUGAGAAAGAUGUAUGGGAUUAAUGUAUGAGUUUGACCAAGUGUGGUUUACUGGUCAUGGUCUAA